UGCGUUUGUUUUGUUCCUCCAGUGGAUACGUUUUAGGACUGUAUGUACAUUGUACACGCAUGCGUAGUUAAUCAUUCAAAAUGGCGGACAAGCACUCUCGCAUGAAGGGGUUAAACCCUAACUCUAUGAAGGGGAUCUCCCAUAACAAACUGAAAGCAUUCAGUGUUGGUCAGAUGAAUAUUGGCAAGAAAAAAUCUAAAAAAGAAGAAGAAGAAGCAAGAAAAAAGCAUGAUGAAAAGGCAACAGCAAAAGUAUUCGAAGAGUUUGUGGCCUCCUUUGAGGAUUCCGGGUCCUCAAUGGGAAAAGCUUUCAUUAGAGGAUCAACUAUCAACCCAGAAACAAAAGAAGAAAAGACUGAUCAUCAAACAGGCAAACUGUAUAAACCUUCUUCCAAGAUAUCAGAAAGCAUUUUAUUAAAGAAACAAGAGGAAGCUAAGAAAGCAGAAAAGGCGGCACAACAGGAGCAAGCAAAGAAGAAAAAGGAGAAGGAGAAAAACAAAUCAAAAAGUAACCUAGAAAACUUUUUAGAAGAAUUAAAAGUAAUUCAGGCAGAACGAGAGAUUAGACACAAACUAAAGAAGGAGAUUGCAGAGCAUUCUAAUAAACACACACCAAAGGAGCCAAAAGCACCAUUGCUCGCUACACCUGACAUGCGAAUACCAAUUGGUAUGGAGGACUAUGCUUAUGGAUCACAUGACACAGGGGAUCCUCAGACAACAAACAUCUUUCUUGGAAGUUUGAACCCAAAAAUGACAGAGGAGAUGUUGUGUCAGGAGUUUGGAAAGUACGGACCUCUUGCCAGUGUGAAGAUCAUGUGGCCCCGCACGGACGAGGAAAGAAGUCGCAAUAGAAAUUGUGGAUUUGUAGCAUAUAUGAAUCGAAAAGAUGCGGAACGGGGCAUGAAAAACAUAGAUGGUAAAAUGAUAAUGGAAUACGAGAUGAAACUUGGAUGGGGGAAAAGCGUUCCGAUCCCUCCACAUCCUGUGUUUAUUCCACCACAAAUGUUACAACUGACUCUCCCGCCCCCACCAUCUGGACUCCCCUUCAAUGCACAGCCCAAGGACAAACGAAACAGCUCGCGCACGGGGCAGGGCGGAGACGAUGAUUUGAAGAAGACGUUAAAAGAUGCAGUUGUUAAAGUGGUUAUCCCGACAGAAAGACCGCUGUUGCACCUCAUUCAUCGUAUGAUCGAGUUUGUGGUACGCGAAGGGCCAAUGUUCGAAGCAAUGAUCAUGAACAGAGAAAUCAAUAAUCCGUUAUUUAGAUUUUUGUUUGAGAAUACAAGUCCUGCCCAUGUUUAUUACCGUUGGAAGCUCUACUCAAUACUACAAGGAGAUUCACCAACACAUUGGAAAACAAAAGAAUUCCGUAUGUUCCAUGGAGGGUCGUACUGGAGGCCCCCGCCACUUAAUCCAUAUCUACACGGAAUGCCAGAGGCUUUGACUGGUGAACGACCUCCCAGACAAGCAACACCCCCUCCACCACAAAUUGAAGAAGUUAAGAAACGAGGAACAUUAUCAAAUCAUCAACGAGACAAACUAGAAGAUAUGCUGAGAAAUCUGACAAUGGAGAGACAGAAAAUAAGUGAUACGAUGGUAUACUGUCUUGACCAUGGCGAGUCAGCUGAAGAAAUCGUCGAGUGCAUUUCCGAAUCAUUGUCCAUUCUUCAGACGCCAAUUCCAAAGAAGAUUGGGCGUUUGUUCCUUGUUUCCGACAUCUUGUUCAAUUCCAGUGCGAAGGUUGCUAACGCAUCCUAUUACCGUAAAUAUUUCGAAGCGAGGUUACCGGGUAUUUUUAUAGAUCUCCACAAGACGCAUCAAUCCAUUCAGCAAAGGUUGAAAGCAGAACAUUUUAAGAAUCGUGUGAUGGCUUGCUUCCGUGCGUGGGAAGACUGGGCUAUAUACCCUAAUGAGCUAUUGGUUCGACUUCAGAAUGUUUUUCUCGGUCUUGUUGGUUCGAAGAAAGGAGAUGGGCCAAAUGGUGAUGUGGAGAUGUUAAUUGAGAAGACAGUUGAACCUGAACUUGAUGGUUUACCACUGGUCAACGAAUCAUUAGAUGGUCAGGAGAUUGCAGAAGAUAUCGAUGGUGCAAAUAUUGAUGUUGAUGGAACAGAAAUAACCGAGGACCUAGAUGGAAACCCAGUGGAGAAUAUUGAUGGUGUUCCAGAGCCUGGAAUGAAGGAAGCAGAAGGAAAAUUUAAAGUUGCCCCAUCAAAAUGGGAAUCAGUUGAUGCAUCCACCUUGGAAUCACAAGCCAUGACUACUUCCAAAUGGGAAUUACUUGAAACGUUAGAAGAGGAGAAGCCUAAGGAAGUGGAGGAAGAAGAAGAAGAUGAAGAUGGUGUUCCGAUUGAAGAGGAUGAGGAUGAUGAUGAACAAGAAUCAUCUAAAUCAUAUGAUUUAAACACCCUCAAACCAUUGGAAAUGACAGAGGAACGGAGAGCUAAGUUAAGAGAAAUUGAGAUGAAAGUUAUGAAGUUUCAAGAUGAUGUUGAAGGCGGACGAAGAAGUCGAAAGUCUGGUAUGAGUAUCUCAGAACAAGUUCAGAAGUACCGUAAAAAACUUCUGCAAAAGGAACGAGAACGAGCAAUAGAAAAACAACGAGGGAAAGAUCGAGAUAAACUAAAGCAAAGGGAACAAGAGAGACUAAGAGAUUAUGAAAGAGCUCGGGAAAAAGAGCGCAUUCGACUCGUUGAUGCUUCUGAUUCAGAUUCUGACUCGAGCAAACAGAAACGACGUAGAAGCUCAAGCGGGUCAGCUAGCCCUGUUAGUAGCAAGCGUUACCGGUCCGGAUCACGCUCACCAGGGUCUGAGCGCCGCAGCAGCAGGCACGAAUCUCGUGAAGUAUCCCCUGUAUCAUAUAGCGACUCUCCAAACAUUCGCAAACGAAGCCCAUCUCGAAAAACACAUCGGUCACACAGGUUACAGCGGUCAGGUUCUCGGUCUCCUAAUAGGCGGCCACGAAGGUCAAGAUCGCGGUCUCCGUCAAAGCGAUCCUACUCUCCUUACCGCAGUAAAUCUCAUAGAAAGAAAAGCAAACACUUGAAGUGAUGAAUAGUUUGGAAGGUCACAUAAAAAAUUUCAAUUCUCUCUGAAAAGUAUCUAUUCGUUUUUUUACCUUAUCAACAAAUUGGAUGUUGUUUUUCUGGAUCAGAGAGGACAGAUACACUUGAAAUGAAAGUGUGAACAACACAGUUAAACUUAACAAGUUUAAACAGAUAUAUCAGUACCUGCUUCAGAAAACUGAUUUAAUUGAAGCAAGUCAUUAAUUUUCAUUCAAAACAGGCAGAAAGCAUUGAGCCAGUUAUUGUUUAUCUUGUCUGAAAACAUGUUGAUAAUACACUCGCCAUUUGUAGCCAAAUACUCAUGCCGUAUUGUGACUAUACACUAGCUUGUUAAAAGUUUGUUGAACCUCAUCCAUUCGUAUUAUUGAAUUUUGCAACUUAAACACUGGCAGUUAUCACUGCAUCCAUAAUGUAUGCUGGAUGAUUGACUCUAUUCCAGCAAAGUUUGUUCUGUGCGCAUCUUGCGACCUUCUGAAAUAUGUAUCAAACUUUCAGUACAUUCUUACGAAAAUAUUAGAAACGCAAUUGAAAAUAAAUUUUAUCGUGGAAAUAACCAAGUAUUCAGUGGGUACCUUGUGCUACGUUAUUUGGUUAUGAAAUAGAAAUAAAAAUUGUUUUAAAAUUGAUACUUAAUAAUUAUGUUAUUAAAGAAUUUGGAAGGGUAUGCUGGAUGAUUAAAAUAUUACAAUUUACAAAUUAAUAGUGUUUUUAUGUUUAUUGAAGCUAUUAUUCAGAUUUUUAUAAAUGGUCCCCAAAUUCAUCUCAAUAAAUUAUAACAUGAAAUUGUUAUAAAUAAUUAAAAGAGAAAGCAAUGCAAUUUAGUUUGGAUUUAGUUUUGUACUUCAUUAAAUUUUCUCUACCAAUUAUCCCAGGAUAUGUUGUUUAUCCUAAGCAUGUUGAACUGCGAUCCAGUUGUCUCCGUUAAAUCAGAACUAUAGUUUAUCAUAUUCCCGAUGACCGCUAACAUGUAUAAUAAUACAGUAUAUCACUUAUGACAGAGGUUAUUGAGCCCCCAUUUUAUUUUAUUAUUUAUGUAGACUUUUGUAAUUUGUAAAUGAAAAUACCUUACAAAAAUACCACUUUUAUUCUCACAAAUUAUGUCGUUAUGUAAAGAUUUCAAGUUAAUACGAAAUUUAGGAUAAAUUAUUUCAAAACCAUAUACUGUAGUACGAACUCCCACCAAUGAGGUAGGUAUAUUCAAAUUAAGUUAAUCUUAACAUGGUAACUACAUAAACUUUGCAUUGUAAUAUUGGAAAUUCUUAAUGUUGCAAUUUGAUAAAUAUAACCUGUGAAUACAUGUA